UCCAAUUGUUAUUAAUGGUAAUGAAUUAAGAAAAAAUCCAAGAUCAGUUUUAAUCGAAACAUGUAAACAAUUAGAUUUAUCAUAUACAGAUGAAAUGUUAUCAUGGCCAGCUGGUCCAAAACCUAUCGAUGGUGUUUGGGCUUCAGCUUGA